AUGAUCCGCCGGUACUGCUGGCAGACCGCUUUUCAGAGCUUGCCAUACACUCCAAGUGCUUCGAUCAUCCGGAGAAGCAUUCCUCAGGCCUGCCUGCACCUCGACAUGGUCCGCCGAAGUGCACGCGCAUCCACCACUGCGGUGAGCUAUGCAGACGCCGGAUCGUCAUCCGAUGAUGCGGCAGCCUCCGAGCUAGCACCGCCGCCCAGCCGCGCCACAAAGGCUGUCAAGGUGACACCCAAAAAGGCUGCACGUGUUCGCUCAAGCCAAACGGCUGUUACCGCAACCAACAAACCCACACCCAGAGCCAGAGGCACCAAGAAGGAGGCACCUCCAUCGCCGGCACAUGACUCAGCAGCUGGCUCCCCCAAACUCGGCCCUGCCGACGGGAAGUCCGAAGAUGCAAAAACAGCCAGGAAAAAGCGCGGUGAGGGAGCCGCCAAGAAGGAGAAAGUGGAGACACCAACUCAUUUCGAGACCAGAGUCAAUGUGCAUGGAGAAGAGUAUCAGAUCGAGCUCGAUGAAGAGGGCGAUCCGGUCAGACGAGACAAGAACGGCCGUCGUCUCGCCAAACGCAAGAAGAAGGACAUCGUAUACGACAUUCCCGACGUGCCUAAGCGCGAUUUCAGCCUCGAAGGUCCACCUGGGAAGCGACAGGAGCGCAGCAAUGGCUUCGUCGGUCGGCUGGGCUAUGCCUGUCUCAACACAGUCCUUCGAUGGCAAGAUCCACCCAUCUUUUCCAGUCGCACCGCCCGCAUCAAGACCAUGGACGAACAAGGUCCCGACUACAUCAAGGAGCUCGGACGUCUGAAUGCAAGAGACAUGAUCCCGAUGAUCCUAUGGAACGAGGAGAACAACAUCAAGUUUAUGCGCCUAUCAUCUGAGGUCUUCCCCUUUGCUUCGCACGAGAAGUAUGGAUAUUCACUCAAGUAUGCAGAGAAGGAGCUUCGCGCUGCAGGCGAUCUGGCCAAGAAGCUUGGACAUCGCCUCACGAUGCACCCAGGCCAGUUUACACAACUGGGUAGCAACCGCCCCGAAGUCAUCGAAGCGAGCAUCCGCGACCUCACUUCGCACUGCGAGAUGCUCGAUCUCAUGGGCAUGGGCAAGGACAGCGUCAUGAUCAUCCACGGCGGUGGCACGUUUGGAGACCGCGAAGCGACGCUGCAGCGCAUGCACGACACGUACACUACCAGGCUCUCCCAGAACGUCAAGGACCGCCUCGUCCUGGAAAACGACGAGAUGGCAUGGAGUGCCGAGGAGCUCCUGCCACUCUGCAAGGAGCUCGAUAUCCCCAUGGUGUUUGACUUCCACCAUGACCUGCUCCGCCCGUCGUCGCGCCCUCCCUCCAAACUUCUGCCCGAGAUCCAGGCAAUUUGGCACAAGAAGGGCAUCACGCCAAAAUAUCAUCUGUCCGAACCGCGACCUGGUUCAUCCAAUCUGCGGGAGCGUCGAGCCCACUCGGAUCGUUGUGGCUUCUUGCCGCCCGACCUACCUGCUGACGCACAUCUCAUGAUCGAAGCAAAGGAUAAGGAGCAAGCGGUGCUCGAGCUCUAUCGCAUCUAUGACCUUCAGCCCGUCAAGCACGAGUCGCUCCGUCCGCCUGCCAAGGAUAUUGGCGUCAAGACUUCAGGUCGCAAGAGCAAGCUCGGAGGCGAACGGCUUCCGCGCGAGCCCAAGAAGGGCAAGGUCAAAGACGAGGAAGCCGCAGCCGAGCCCGUUCAGCUGAACCCGAAAAGCCUGUCGAAGGCGGAGCGUGCCAUCGCUAAGUCUAAAGAAGUUGCUAAGCGACUGGGCAAGGUAUACACGGGACCUGGAGCCGAUGUUGGAGAGGACGAGGGCAUCGAGCUAGCCGCACCCGAGCCACGUCCGGGCGAGGAGGGCUACGUCAAGACGAGCGAGGAAGUUCUCAUUGACAUGCACAUGGAAGCCGCCUGGGUACGCGCCGAGCUUCAAGCUGGCCGCGAGCGACGCCCCUUCGGCACUGAGCCAGGCGCAGCAGUCGACGAGGCCGACAUGGAUGGCGAGGACAUGGACGAAGAUGGCGUGGCGAACGGUAAGGCCGACGUCAAGCCAAACAAGGCAAACGGGAAAGGCAAAGGUGCAGCGGCUGCAGUGGCUCUGACGCCGCAGCAAAAGAAGCGCGCCAAGGCGGCCAUGGUCGAUGACGGGCAGCGCGUUGUGCUGGCUCAGGGGGCUCCGUCAAAGGAGCUCGUAGAGGAUCACGAGCAAAUUCAUGUUGCACCGGCCGCCCAGCCCAGGGCGAGUACCAAGAGAGGGAGGAAAGCCAGCGCUUCCAGUUAG